AUGUACCCGUUAUUCGACUUGGUGAGGCUACUCUCUGUCCAGCAGGAUACAGAAUCAUUAGCCGAAAGGCACCCGUAUAUCGUCCAGUUUGCUUGGCGUCAGGUCGAAGAUCUUAGUUUGCUUGCUCUUAUCUGUUCUAAUGGUCAUGUUCUGAUUCGUUGGAGUGUCCAUGGUCAGCGUUCAGAAAUGAAAUUACUGCCAUGGCUUGAAGACCGACCAAUUGUCGCAAGUUGUUUUGACCCAUCAGCCACAUGGCUGUUGGUAAUCACAACACAAUUGGACAUGUUUAUUGUCCCAGCUUUGGCUCUUAUGGAUCCAGAGUCGAAGGUAAAUCAGUUGUGGAAAGUUGAUGAUGCAACGCACAUAAAGUUUAAAAAAGCUAAAGGUUUUCCUUCAGCACUAUGCUGGUGGCACACAUUCACUGGGAUUGAAGUUGCUAUUAUUGGCACAACUUUAGGUGAGAUAUUUUUUGUUGACCUGUCCUCAAAGCACUUGUUGACCAGUACAAGUAUCCAGUCAUAUGUGGUCAAGUUUGACCUUGUUUAUGAUGACCAUCAGUUGCUUACCUAUCUUUUGGUGACAUCAAAAAAAGGUUCUCAAUGGAAGUUGUUGUUAGAGAAGAAUAAUCGGUCAGAAUGGUCAGAAGAUCAUCAUCUUGCCACUGGGAAGUCAAGUGAAGAUGAUCAAUUCCACUAUAUUGUGAGCAUCAUUGAUCAAGCAGCUGGCUACCAGGAUUUAUUUUGGCCAGUCUAUUUCCCUCAGUUUGGCCGGUCUGUACAAUUAUCUGCCCAGUAUGCAAAAGGACGUCAACUGAUUGCUGCCCAGUGUUGUCGCACAUGUUCCUAUCAGAUUUAUGAUUGCUCCAUUCAGCAUUCCCCUUUAUUCGUUUACAAACUGCCAUUAGGAGCUCACAACACAGUUUUUACAGAUCGGAUCAUAUUCCUCAACACUUGGCAAAAUGGGAAAAAAUUAUUCCUCCUCUCCAACCAGAAAGCAGAAACUUUACUCGAUAGUGACCAGGCCUUGAAUCCAGAUGCUAUUAUACAGACGUUUGAUUUGCCCUGUGAAGAAAAAGUUCUUGGGAUUGUGAAAAUUAAUUUUCCAUUUUAUUGGCAUGAAAAACAAGAAGCUUCACUAGGACUUUCUGAAGCUGAACUUUGUUCUGAUCUCAGCCCUCACUCCAUUCAUAUUUCCCGGCACACAGUUUUUGAUGGCUGUCUUGUUAUUACCGAUGCAGCUGUCUAUGAAUGCAGGCCAAGGUAA